GUACCCCUUUAAGGAGUCAGACGCCGUCAGGGGUGGGCGUGGUCGCCGUGAGCUAGAGAAGGCGAGGGAAGCGGGGAGGGGCUGGUGUAGGGCGGACCUGAUUGGCCCUAGGCCCGGGCGGCGGCCGUGCGCGCCUGCGCAGGACGCAGCAGCGCGCGCCGGCGGCGGGAGGAGCUCGCGCGGGUGCUAAUUGGCCCGGGCGGCGGCCCCGCCCGCGAGUGGUGGGAGGUCACGUGACGCGACGGCUGGGGGCUCCCCGCGCGGGGGACGCUGGUGGCCAAGAUGGCGGCGGAGCUGGUGGAGGCCAAAAACAUGGUGAUGAGUUUUCGAGUCUCCGACCUUCAGAUGCUCCUGGGUUUCGUGGGCCGGAGUAAGAGCGGACUGAAGCACGAGCUCGUCACCAGAGCCCUCCAGCUGGUGCAGUUUGACUGUAGCCCAGAGCUGUUCAAGAAGAUCAAGGAGCUGUACGAGACCCGCUACAAGAAGAACUCGGAGUCUGUCCCGCAGCCGCACCGGCCCUUGGACCCCCUGACCAUGCACUCCACCUAUGACCGGGCCAGCGCCGUGCCCAGGACUCCGCUGGCAGGCCCCAAUAUUGACUACCCCGUGCUCUACGGGAAGUACUUAAACGGACUGGGACGGUUGCCCGCCAAGACCCUCAAGCCAGAAGUCCGCCUGGUGAAGCUGCCCUUCUUUAAUAUGCUGGACGAGCUGCUGAAGCCCACUGAGUUAGUCCCACAGAACAACGAGAAGCUUCAGGAGAGCCCGUGCAUCUUCGCGUUGACACCAAGACAGGUGGAGCUGAUCCGGAACUCCAGAGAACUGCAGCCUGGAGUCAAAGCUGUGCAGGUCGUCCUGAGAAUCUGCUACUCAGACACCAGCUGCCCUCAGGAGGACCAGUACCCACCCAACAUUGCCGUAAAGGUCAACCACAGCUACUGCUCGGUCCCGGGUUACUACCCAUCCAAUAAGCCCGGGGUGGAGCCCAAGAGGCCGUGCCGCCCCAUCAACCUCACCCACCUCAUGUACCUGUCCUCGGCCACCAACCGCAUCACCGUCACCUGGGGGAACUAUGGCAAGAGCUACUCGGUGGCCCUGUACCUGGUGCGGCAGCUGACCUCGUCGGAGCUGCUGCAGAGGCUGAAGACCAUUGGGGUGAAGCACCCGGAGCUGUGCAAGGCGCUGGUCAAGGAGAAGCUUCGCCUGGAUCCUGACAGCGAGAUUGCCACCACUGGGGUGCGGGUGUCUCUCAUCUGCCCGAUGAAUGAGAAGAAGCCCACCUGGAUGUGCCCGGUGUGUGACAAGCCAGCCCCCUACGACCAGCUCAUCAUCGAUGGCCUCCUCUCGAAGAUCCUGAGCGAGUGUGAGGACGCCGACGAGAUCGAAUACCUGGUAGACGGCUCAUGGUGCCCGAUCCGCGCUGAGAAGGAGCGCAGCUGCAGCCCGCAGGGCACCAUCCUCGUCCUGGGCCCCUCAGAUGCCAAUGGGCUCCUGCCCGCCCCCAGCGUCAACGGGAGUGGUGCCCUGGGCAGCACGGGUGGCAGCGGCUCGGCGGGCAGUGUGGAGAAUGGGAAGCCAGGCGCAGACGUGGUGGACCUCACGCUGGACAGCUCAUCGUCCUCAGAGGAUGAGGAGGAGGAGGAGGAGGAGGAUGAGGACGAGGAUGAGGAGGGCCCCCGGCCUAAGCGCCGCUGCCCCUUCCAGAAGGGCCUGGUGCCAGCCUGCUGACCCCGGCCGGACACUCGACUUUCCUGGUGCUCACCACAAAGAGGGGCGCGGGCCGGCCUCGGGCGCAGAUGGAGGAGUGACCUUUUUAUUUUCUUUUUAUUGUCGUUCGUUUUGUUUUUCCACCCCUUUGCCUGGCUCCUGGCACCUGUACCUCUGGACUCUCCUGUCGGGGGAUUAAAAAAAAGUAAAAUGACAAAAAAAAAAAAAAAAAAAAAAAGAUACAAAAAAGAAAAAUGAAACAAAAAAGUCAAACUCUUAAAAACAAGGCCGGCCACCCACACGGCCACCUCCCCGGCUGGAGUCCAAGCCGGGCAGGGGUGGUGGGCGGGAGGGACCAGGAUGCCACCCCGCACCCUCCCCUCAGGAUGCCCUGCUGCCCGCCGCCCUCUUCCCAUGACCAUUCCAGCCAGGGCGCAGGGACCUGGCGGCGGGCGGUGGGGCACAGCCCCUCUCUGGCAACCACUUUGACGUUUGUCUCUUCCUUUGCUUUUUCUCUGCAAACGCGGCCUCGCCCAGAGACCCUCACGCUCCUAGCAGCGAGCGUUUUAGCCAAGAAGCCAUGGAUUGGUUUGGGGCAGGGAGGGGUAGGGUGGGGGGAGGGCGGGCAGGUUGAGGGCACGGUGGGGGGCUGGGGAGGGUUUAGCCACAGAUGUGUUGUAUUUUUUGAAAGUGCAAUAAUUUGGUAUUUUGAAGACCCGGCGCGUGGCCAGGAACCCCCGGGGAAGGCGGGGGCCAGAAUGCGGCACCGUGUGGCGUGGGGGGGUCUCAGUUUUCUAGCCAGCUACCUCGGUAACUCCAAUUCAGGUUAACUUCCCUACGGAACAGCACAGAUGUCCACAGAUGUCCACAGCUGCCGCCGCCACCACCACCACACCCUGGUCCUCGAGGGACGGGGGGCGGUGGCUUCCCAAGGGGCAGCGGGGACUCCGGCCGCCCUGGCUCUCGGUUUGGGUAGAUUCCUCUCCCUUCUUUUUGCUCUUGGGUUUUCCGACGGGUACGAGGCUGGCCUGGCGCCCUGUCCCCCGGGAGCCUCGCUCUUCCAGCAGGACCAGACCAGACGGGGCCUCCCUCCCGCCCCCAGGGGAUCCCGGCCCCUCACAGGCCCCACCCAUGCCCUUGGCCUCAGGGUCCAACCAGAGGGGGGGCUUCGGGGGCUCUGCCUCCCGGAGCCUGUAGCUGGGCGUCCCCCUCGCCCCUCCAGGAGACCGGGGCGCAGGCGGAGCGCCAGCCUCACCUGGUUCUCCAACACCGCUCCUUGCGGUCUGUUUUGCUUUUGUCUUCCCCAGCCCAGAAUUUUCCUUUGUAUAAACAGAACUCCUAGUCAGGAAGCAAUAUCAUUUCAGGUCUAAAGAAAGGGACGUGCAUCUGGCCCAGGGCAGCUCAGUCUCGCUGCAGAGCCCGCAGCCCUCUGCGCAGCCCGGCCCCUCCCGCCCGCUCGGGCAGCUGAAGGCCGCUGUUUUCUAAUAUUUGUAUUCUAAUUUAAUUGUUUUUAAAAAAUGGAAAUAAAAAAGGUCAAGGUGAAGCCA